AUGGCGGAACCCGGCUUUUCCCGGUUUCCGGGUCACCACCUGGACCCCGCCGCUCAAGAAUUCUUCCCGACGGCGACCCUGAUUUACUACCCCUACCCUCCUCCUCCCCCGCCGGGAUACGCGCGGCCGCCGCAGUUUCCCCCUCCCCCACCUCCCCCGCCGGCGUCCCUGCCACCGCCGUCGCCGGCUCCGUCCCGGACGCUGCUCCUGAGCAUGGUGCCGGCUUCAGUGAGCGAGUCGGCGGUCCGCCGCGAGCUGGAGGUGUUCGGCGACGUGCGGGCGGUGCAGAUGGAGCGGCGGCGCGAGGGUUUGGUGACCGUCCAUUUCUACGACGUGAGGGACGCGCAGUCGGCGCUGGCCGCCGUCCAGGAGCAGCACAUGCAGCAGCAGUACCGACUGGGACGACACUACGAGGCCGUGUUCCAUAACUCCAUGGUCGCGCCGCCGCCACUGCCGCCGCAAUCGGCGCGUGGACUCAUCCAGGGACGGGUGGUUUGGGCCCAGUUCACCGCCCCGGUCACCUCCCUUCUCCCCGACGGCAAUAAUCAAGGAACCCUUGUUAUUUUCAAUCUGGAUCCCCACCUCCCUGCUGCUUACCUCACACGCAUUUUUGAAGCUUUUGGGCCCGUCAAGGAAUUGCGAGAGACCCCAAACAAAAGGAACCAAAUAUUCGUGGAGUUUUACGACGUGCGGGACGCGGCCCGAGCCUUGUCGGAGAUGAACGGCAAACAGAUCUACGGCAAGAGCGUGGUCAUCGAGUACAGCCGGGCCGGCGGCCACUUCUGCAAGAAAUUCCCGAAAUGCCCCCAACUCCCAACUUGUAGCAGCAAAUUGCCACCACCCAAUACCUCUCCUCCGGCGGCUCCGAGUUCAAGGACAGUCACCCAUCAGGAAUUAUUAAUUGCCAAUAACAAUAAUAAUUCUUCCAAUAGGAAGAAGAUGAUGAUGAAAAAUAAGAACGAGAGUUCAACAAGUUCAGUUGGCGUUGAAGACGGUGGCAGUAGCGGUGGCGGUGGCGGUUGCGGUGGCGGUUGCAGGGCGUGGAAAGGAGGGAGGCGCGGCGGGGGGAAGGAGCGUGAUGACCCGCGUUUCCUCAUAAAUGAUAGUGGGAAAGUAGAGGAUCAUGGCCAAUCAGAUUCAGAUUGGUGCAGGGAUCCGAGAACCACUGUCAUGAUCAAGAACAUCCCUAACAAGUAUAGUCAGAAGCUAUUGCUGAACAUGCUGGACAACCACUGCAUUCACUGCAACGAGCAGAUAGCCAACGAUGCCGAACAAGACCAGCCUUUGUCCUCUUACGACUUUGUCUACCUCCCCAUUGAUUUCAUCAACAAGUGCAAUGUUGGAUAUGGGUUUGUCAACAUGACUUCCCCACAGGCAACAAUGAGGCUCUACAAAGCCUUCCACCACCAGAACUGGGAAGUCUUCAACUCUAGAAAAAUAUGCCAAGUCACUUACGCACGAUUGCAGGGAAUAGAGGCACUUAGAGAACACUUCAAGAACUCCAAGUUCCCGGGCGAAGCGGAAGAAUACAUGCCGGUGGUGUUCUCACCACCUCGAGAUGGGCGGAUACUUUCCGAGCCUGUCCCAAUAACAAUUGCUAGCACCUCAUCAAGUUCUAAGGAAAAAGAUGAAUCUCAGCCACGAAUCUAA